UUUCCAUUGGUGCACCAAGGGUACAAGCCUAUUAUUCAGUGGGAUUUGGAAUGCCUAGAGAAUUGCCUUUGUGAAGAGCUGGAAGUCAUUUCUUUACAUUCUGUCUCUUAGUUUUCCAUAGGAACAUCCAGAAACCAUGAAUAACUUUAGUAAUGAAGAGUUUGAUUGCCACUUCCUUGAUGAAGGUUUUACUGCCAAGGACAUUCUGGACCAAAAAAUUAAUGAAGUUUCUUCUUCAGAUGAUAAAGAUGCCUUCUAUGUUGCGGACCUUGGAGACAUCCUAAAGAAACAUCUGAGAUGGUUAAAAGCUCUUCCUCGUGUCACACCCUUUUAUGCAGUCAAAUGUAACGAUAGCAGAGCUAUAGUGAAGACCCUAGCUGCCAUAGGGACAGGAUUUGACUGUGCUAGCAAGACUGAAAUACAAUUGGUACAGAGUCUUGGUGUGCCUCCAGAGAGGAUAAUCUAUGCAAAUCCUUGUAAACAAGUAUCUCAAAUUAAGUAUGCUGCCAAUAAUGGAGUUCAGAUGAUGACUUUUGAUAGUGAAGUCGAGUUGAUGAAAGUUGCCAGGGCACAUCCAAAGGCAAAAUUGGUUUUGCGGAUUGCCACUGAUGAUUCCAAAGCAGUCUGUCACCUUAGUGUUAAAUUUUGUGCCAUGCUCAAAACCAGUAGGCUUCUUUUGGAACGUGCUAAAGAGCUAAAUAUUGAUGUCAUUGGUGUCAGUUUCCAUGUGGGAAGUGGCUGUACUGACCCCGAGACCUUUGUGCAAGCAAUCUCUGAUGCCCGCUGUGUCUUUGACAUGGGAACUGAGGUUGGUUUCAGCAUGUAUCUGCUUGAUAUUGGUGGUGGCUUUCCUGGAUCUGAGGAUGUGAAGCUAAAAUUUGAAGAGAUCACGAAUGUCAUCAAUCCAGCAUUGGACAAGUAUUUUCCCUCAGACUCUGGUGUGAAAAUCAUAGCUGAGCCAGGCAGAUACUAUGUUGCAUCAGCUUUCACCCUUGCUGUUAAUAUCAUUGCCAAGAAAAUCGUAUUAAAGGAACAGACAGGCUCUGAUGAUGAAGAUGAAUCUAGUGAACAAACCUUUAUGUAUUAUGUGAAUGAUGGCGUAUAUGGAUCAUUUAAUUGCAUCCUUUAUGACCAUGCACAUGUAAAGCCUCUUCUGCAAAAGAGACCCAAACCAGAUGAGAAAUACUACUCAUCUAGCAUAUGGGGACCGACAUGUGAUGGCCUUGAUCGGAUUGUUGAGCGCUGUGACCUGCCAGAAAUGCAUGUGGGUGAUUGGAUGCUGUUUGAAAACAUGGGUGCUUACACUGUUGCUGCUGCUUCUACUUUCAAUGGGUUCCAGAGGCCAACUAUCUACUAUGUGAUGUCUGGUCCAACAUGGCAACUCACGCAGCAAAUCAAGAACCACGAGUUCCCGUCUGAAGUAGAGGAGCAGGAUAUCAGCACUCUGCCAGUGUCUUGUGCUUGGGAAAGUGGAAUGAAACGUCAUCCAACAACUUGUGCUUCAGCUAGUAUUAAUGUGUAGAUAACAUUUUUGUAGCUGUUAACUGCGAGUCUAGCUUGAAUUAAGGGAUUUGGAGGGGAACAUUUAACUUAAUUAUUGCUAGUUUUGAAAUGUCUUUAUAAGAAUAGGGUUGGCACAGAUGCAGCAAUAUGGAAGACUAGGAGAUGGGGUCACACUUAUCUGUGUUCCUAUGGAAACUAUUUGAAUAUUUGUUUUAUAUGCAUUUUUAUUCACUUUUCAAACAUGCUACUAAAGAAUGCACCUAGCUGCCGAGCAAGCAUUUGUAGCUUGUCCAGUGGCAGAAAGGGCCAAGAGUUGUGUUGUGACCUGUUUUAAAAAUAAAAUAUCUUGAAAUAA